AACCUCUAGACCUAUGCUGGAUAACAUUUGAGUGAGAGAAUAGUGAUUCUGUGCUACAAGUUGAUGUGCGUAGGUCCAGUACAAAACUGUUUCAAUAAAGCAUCCUAACACUUGACAACCGAUCAAGAGCUUUUCCCCCGAUUAUGUGCUUGCGGAUGUGCGACUGACAUCGAAAAGUAAAGUUCCUUGGUAGCAACCAAGUCAUAGAAAUCUCAAAACUAUUUAUUUCACAAUUUGAGAUAAUCGCAAUGAGUCGAAUAGUGCUUCACAUCCUGAGAAUCCAUCGAAUUCCGUAUGCUUCCUUACAUGAUUUUGUGGAACUCCUCCAUCUAUUCAACGGAAGAGUGACCUCCGUCGGAUUUUGAACACUGAAGAGUUUGUCGAACCAAAGCUUCUCAAAAUAUAAUUCAUUUUCCGUAACCCAUCAAUGAAUAUUUAUUAACUUGAGCGUCAAAUUGAUUUAUUGGAAAUUAGUUUUCUGUAGACUCUUCAAAACGUUAAUGCUGAUAAAAUUAUGUAACAUUGGUCUGAUGAAUGGAAGAAGCUAAGGAACAUUACUUUCUCACGUGGAACAUCAGUGCAACAACCAUCAUGGACCACUGACAAUCAUUUUUGUACCAACCGAAAUGACAAUGUGGACAUUAUAGUGAAUGUGACAAGUUAAAUUUAAUCAUAUCGUUCAAUUCAGUAACCAAAGUGAUUCGAACAACUAAUAGAAUAAUGGUGCUUGAGUCGGGAGUGUUGCCACCCCCAUUGCAACUUUAUGCGGCGGCAGCCGCUCAUCUCACUCCCCGCCCCCCUUGGGCACCAUUACUACAAUUUCCGGGGGCUGCAGCAAGCCUUUUGAGCAUGCAUCCGGGCACCUUUGCUCCACUGGGGAGACCACGGUACCCUCAUGGAUUAGCUGGACAGCUCCGAGCACCUCCAGGACCACCCUCGGAAGAUAGCGGGAAUGAGUCUCAUGCAGGAAAAGGUGGUGGUACGAGUAGUGGAGAAGGAGGAGAUUCGGAAAGUGCGGCUGCCAAAAGGAGAAGAAGCCGGACAAACUUUAACAGCUGGCAACUGGAAGAACUCGAAAGAGCCUUCAUGGCUAGUCAUUAUCCCGAUGUGUUCAUGAGAGAGGCUCUGGCGAUGAGACUUGACCUUAAGGAAAGCAGGGUAGCGGUUUGGUUUCAAAAUCGACGUGCGAAAUGGCGCAAAAAAGAGCACACAAAGAAGGGCCCAGGACGACCUGCGCAUAACGCCCAUCCGCAAUCGUGUUCUGGCGAACCAAUUCCUCCUGCAGAACUGAAAGCUCGUGAACGCGCAAGGCGCAGGAAAAAACUCCAGAAAGCUUUAGAGCGUCAGGCGAGAAAGCUCAGGGCAAAAGGUAUCACCGUUGAUCUCGUUUCGCUCAAACGGGAGUACCUUAGCCAAAGAGGUGCCGAUGGGUUCGAUAGCGAUAGCGACAUCGACGUCGUAGGAGAUUCUGGUGCGGAAACGGAAAGCCUUAAAAGCGUAGGUAGUAACGAAAUUCAAAUUCGAUUUCAUCACACCUCCCCAAUUACAACAUCCCCUAACGAAAACGGAAUCGAUCUCACAGGUAGUCCUCCCGACGACAAAAUGAGGCGGCCGAACCCAUUCAGUAUAGAAUCUUUACUGAACACUUAAGGUCUUUUUAAUCCUUUGAACGCUAAGUGUACCUACCUAUUUAGUAAAGUGCGCGAGUACCGCAUAUCGUUUAAUAUUUUUGUAAAUUAUUGACAACAACGUAACGUACUAGACAACACUAUAUAGGUCUUUCACGCCUGUUAACAUCAAGCAUAAGUGUACUGUCUACUUACAGAUCAAUAAAUUCAAGAGGUAUGACUCGCUUGCGUUGUGGGCGUUGACGCACGUUGUACCUUGACACAUUGUAGCGCGUUGACUCGCGUUGUGUGUGUUACUUCACGCUACGUUGUGUUGAUCCCCAGCAUUUGUUUGUUUUGAGGAAUAACAUAAUUAAUAGUUACUUAUACGGUUUCUGCAGUGACAUAAAGUCAGUCAUUUGUUAAAUUAUUUAAUUACAGGAAAUUCAGUUGGUCGUUCUAUAUUAAUUAUUUAUUGUUUUUUUUUCUGUAAAUAAACAAUCAGAGUUAUUUAUACACGAAUGCUUGGUGUUGUGACAGGUGUUGCAAUACUUUAUAUAGACAUCCUUGAAAAUAUUUGUAAAUAGCAUAAUCCUUGUGUAUAAACGUCCUUAAUCGGGUAAAAAAUCGUCAUGUAAUUAUUAUUAUUAUUAUUAUUAUUUAUCGUACAUUUU